UGUGUCUUGUCCGGAUCCAUGUGCAGCGGCUGCAAAAAUGGCAGGGCGGUCGGGGUUGGGGACGGAGAAGGAGUUAACGAGGGAUUUGCUUUUCCUUGGUGUGGAAGAGGAGGAUUUGUUUAAGACUGAACAUCACUUGACUGCCAGUGAAGAUGAGGAUGGCAGUGACGAUGAGAGAAAGCACCAAAAACUGCUGGAGGCGAUUAGCUCCCUCAGUGACAAAAAAAGGAAGAAGAAGGCGGAGCGAACAGAGGCUAGUUUGCAAGUUUCAGAGUUUACUGUCAGUUCAGAAGGCACUAAUGAGAAGAUUGAGCUAUCGGAUUUGGUGGGAAACCUCCAACCAUCCUCUUCCUCUUUAAACAAAGUGAAAAAACAGCUCACAAAAUUUGAGAAAACAAAGAAGCCACUGGAUUUACCCCUCAACAAACAGCAAACUGAAAAGAUUCAAAGGACAUUGGCAUAUGAGAAAACGACAAAAGAGAUUACAAAAUGGGAUCAUGUCGUACGACAGAACCGGAAAGCGGAGCAACUCAGAUUUCCACUAAACAAGGAACGACUUACUGUCAAACCAGUGGAGGAAGUGAUAGCAAGCUGGAAGGCACGGACACCCUUGGAACAGGAAGUUUUUGAUUUGCUUCACAAAAACAAGCAGCCAGUAACUAUGCCUGUUGUGACAGCUCAAGAGCAUGCUUCCAUGCGAGCUAUGUGUCUGGAGGAGGCACAAGAGCGUCGUGCUGAGCUACAGAAAGCAAGAGCCCUUCAGUCAUACUAUGAGGCUAGAGCAAAAAGAGCAAAGAAAAUCAAGAGCAAAAAGUUCCAUAAAAUUAUGAAGAAGGUUAAGCACAAGGAGAUUUUGAAGAAAUUUGAAGAACUAAGGAAGACUAACCCAGCAGCAGCUCUUGAAGAACUGAAUAAAAUGGAACAAAUGCGAAUAGAGGAAAGGAUGUCACUCCGGCACCAAAACAGUGGAAAGUGGGCCAAGUCUAAAGUUAUCAUGGCAAAAUAUGAUACUGAGGCUCGUAAUGCAAUCCAGAAGCAGUUGGAAAAGAAUAAAAUGCUGACAAUGAAAGUGGUCCAUCAGUCAGAGAGUGAGGAUGAAGUUGAAGCUGAGGUGGAUAAGGAUGAGAUUGUUCCAGAUUUUGUGAAUGAUGUUCAGAUGAGCACUGCAGCCAACCCUUGGAUGUUGGGAAAACUGAGUACUGAUCCAAAAAAUCUUGAAGCUGAUAAACCAGAGGUUGUUGCUGCUGUCAAGUUGGAUGGCAGUGAAGAAUCAGAUGAAGGGGAGAAACUAUCAGAGGAUGAGAUGUUGCUGCAGGAAUUUGAAGAGCGAAGGAAAAUUCGUAAAGAACGUGGGGGUGUACAGACUGUUAAAGUGGAUGGGACAAAGGAUGCAGAUAGCAUUAACAAUAAUGAAGAAAAGAAAAGCACUGUAUCCGGUGACCGAGAUGAGAAAGAGCAGCAUCUCGAAGAUGAUGUAUGUGAAUUUAAUCAUCUUUUUCGGACAUUGGUUAAGAAUAAAUCGCAGCCUUUGUCAAGCAAACCUAAGAAAAAUCGAAGCAAAAAUAAGAAGGUGAGAACUGAGAACAACAAGGAGGACAUACAUAUACCAGAGGAGGAAGAUGAACCAAUACUAAACGAACAGUUGGAACGCAAAAAGACUGUUGAAGAGUUUGAGGCUUUGGGUCGGGAUGAAGGACAUAAACUUACUGAGGCAACAGCCUUGAAUACAUCACAAAUCAGUAACGAUGCAGUAGAUUCAGAAAAUAAAUCAGGUACUAAAACUGAAGUGAAAAAGGACCAUAUCAUCAAUCCGAAUAGUGUGUUGAUGCUCGCAUCCAAAACCAUUGAAGUGCCUUUGCUUCCAACAGCAAUAGAGGAGGAGAAUGAAGGCCAAGAGGAUCAGCGUAUGAUCAUUAAGGAGGCCUUUGCGUCAGAUGAUGUCAUUGGUGAUUUUAUUAAAGACAAGCAGAGGCAGAUUAAUGCUAGCAAACCAAAAGACAUUGACUUGACGUUGCCAGGCUGGGGUGAAUGGGGAGGUCAGGGUCUCCGCCCAAGUGCAAAGAAGAGAAGAAGGUUCUACAUUAAAGCUCCCCCAGCUUUGCCAAGGAAAGAUCAGAAUUUGCCUAAUGUAAUAAUCAAUGAGAAACGAGAUGUUGAAGUUGCAGCACAUCAGGUGAAUGAACUACCUUUCCCAUUUGCCAAUCACCAUCAAUUUGAGAAGAGUAUCUGUGCUCCCCUUGGGAAUACAUGGAAUACGGAGAGGGCAACACGCAGAUUAACUUCACCAAAAAUUGUGACGAAGUUGGGUGCAAUAAUUGAACCAAUCGCUGAAGAGGAUGUGUUUCAGGAUAAGAAGCUGUGCUUGAAAACAAAUAUGGAACAAAAUACCCUUAAAAGCAGAAAACGACAGCAUAAGAACACAUCUCGGCAGCGUUAAAAAUCAUCAUUGCUUGACUUGCUUAUAUUAUAGCAGACUUGUUCAUGCCCUUGCAGGUUGUGAAUUAAAUAUGUUUCCAGUUUUUUGACCAAUUAAAUGUGCCAUUCAGACCAA